UCCUGUUUUGGUGGGGUGUGAGGCAAGCAACUCGCGGGUAGCCCUGGUUGUAAAUUGCUGUUUUGCCUGUGAUGUGAAUGAACUCCAGCGUGAAAACUGUUGUUAUUCUGUUGAUACUAAGUGGACUCAACUUGGCCCUGACUAAAACCGCCGCUUCGAAACCUGACAUGUGACUGUCAACUUUAUUUUUAGAAGUGGCUUGAUGGGUCCAGUUGUGUCAGUCAUGGAUGCCGUGGUAGCGGUAGCCAUCAGUGUGUUAGCUGUGGUGUUUGUGAGCUCCCUGGUUGCCCUGAUCGUGGUGUGCCGGCAUCGGUAUUGCUCCAACAAAGACCAUCUCAGCCGUCAGCUAGCAGGACUCCCGGUGAGUCAGCCUGAUGUGCACCUGAUUCACAGCCAAAAUGAGGCAGCUGAUAUGGAGCUUGACGAUGUCCGCUUGCACCCAGACAUUGAGAAGAUUCUGGCAGAUGAGCAGUGGGUAGACGAUGCUACGGGAUUGGUGCCCCACUGUCUGGCUGUUCUCAAGACAUGUCACCAGUUGACCGAGCGCCUGGUGACAGCCUCAGUAGGAUCGGUCCGACGUCCGGCAACACAAGCGCAGCUAGCCGAGCUAGCACAGCUUGCCCAGAGAGUUGGACCACGCGUGGACGAUGUGGUGCGCGCCAUGUACCCACCACUGGAUGCCAGGCUGCUGGAAGCACGUUGUACUGCCCUGAUGCUCUCUGUUGUGCACCUUACACUGGUGAUGCGUUCCUUCUGUGGCCAGCCUAGUAACCCCGGCUGGAUUGAUGAGUACUUGGCACAUGCUGAAGGACACCUUCAGGUUCUUCGUGAAGCUGGCCUAGCUGCAGACACCACAAGCCAGCAGGUUCCGUCAGCAGGUGAUGGCUCUGGGCAGCCACAAACGGCAACUGGCAAUGUCUCGGCGUGGAAGCCCAGUGUUGAGCGCCACGUAUUGACGUGAAGUCAGUGAGAGGCCUGGACUAUUUUGCUGAGGUCUGGCUGACUACCUCCGGUUCUAAUGAUUGGUUCCGUUAAUUUGUUCACUACUGGCAGUGAACCAGAAGAUCUUUGGGCCGUAUAUCUCGAAGCCCAAACAGAUACUGCCUUUGUGUCUGUGCUAAAGUGACCAGUAGCAUUAUUGUGUUGCUAGUUUGCCAGACUUCUUACAUUAGCAGGCUUAUUUAACUGCAAGAAGUGUGAUUUUUUUCAGAUGCUGCAUUUGUUUAGUGCAGGUUCGCAACAAUUAAUAGUGGAUCAGUUUGGCUCAGUUUCAGCAAAAUGGUGUCAGAGUUUUGCAGCAUCUUGCUUCGAUAUUAUAGUUGGCAGUAACCACGCUCCCUACAAGGAGGCAGAAAUAGUGCCUCAUACAUCCAUGCGAUCUUUCUCACUCUAUUAUAUAGUAUGUAGUGUAGAUGGUGCUACGAAAUAACUGUUGGCGCAGCUCUUCUGGCAUAUUUCAUGACGAAAAAGAUGACCGAUUUUGAAAAUGUUGUUCAGUCAGUAAUUUGAUGUUACUGCAGACGUAAAGGUUUCGAAUUCGGCUUGCAUAUGUCGCAUCACAAGCUUGAGAGCUUUAGAAGCGUCUAUUUACCGUGUGUUUCAACUUUUUCGUGUCAAUGUGUGUUUGCUGCAAAUAUUAGUAGAUUUCAGAUUUUUUAGUGCAUAUUAGCAGCAUGUGAAGGCUGUUUUGUAGUAGUUAGCAUUUGCUGACUAGCUUGACAAGUGGGCUCAGAAGUUGUUGCUGAAAAACUGUGCACUGCUGUCCUGCUGUUGUCAUUCUUUUCCCUGUCAUGCUACCCCAAAACGCACUGGCAAGGUUGCCAACAUUGGUGUGAGUUGCGAGGAUCCAGAGAGGGAAAAUGUGAUGUGGAACAAAAGCCUGCACUGUUGAAAGGCCUUGUGAAUUUUAUUGUUAAAGGACUUUAGCUGAUCUUUAUAAACAAAAUAAACGAGUCCCAUUGAUCGCGGUUUGGUGGCUCUUUGCUAUUUUGAAACGUUAUGCUGUACACAUUAGAACCUGAGCAAUGGGUUCAUUGUUGUCUUACUGGCUGCUAUGUUGCCUUCUUGCAGAGCUGGUGAAAAGCCCAUAUCUUACUUCUAUUUUCAUAUUUCUACUGAACUGUCACAUUCCACUGUAACAUUUCUUUACAUUACGUGGCGCUUUAAAAAAAUGGUGACAUAAGCGUGCAAUACAGAGGGGGUAAAAGUUUACAUUGCAAGCGUCAUUUACGCGAUUGAGAAUAUACCUCUUUUAUACAGGUAUGCUUUCUUUUAGGACUUGUUUCCUCCUUUAAGCAUGGCAUAUCAUUAAGAUGGCCAUCUGCAGCUACCGGCUAUCCGACUUCUAAUAUACACAGGAAGGCAUAAAGCACAUGUCAGCUCUUCUUUAAUUGUUAUUCAGUGGUACAUCAUUGACAGUACUUUACAACAUUUAUUGUGCAGCCAAACUGUCUGGGACAUAGCACAUUUUAUGUUAAAGGCCAUCAAUGAGUCAGACGUAUAUUCAUUCGUUUCAUAGGGCUGUUAUGAUCACUGGGGGGCAACCUAUGAAACACUACAGCACUUCAGCUAGAAAUAGCCUUUGUGCUUUGCUUGACUUUGGUUCCAUGUUUCUGUGUCUGGCAAGUGUUGAUCAACACUUGGAAUAUCUGUCCUGAGGGUUACUAUAAACCUAAAGCUUUGAAAAAUGAUUCUGUUCGAUGUCAUGCUGCAUAGUCUUUUUGGCUCAAGCUGUGAGCCAAAAGCUGAUGCUUGAUGCUAUGAUACGACAAUGCCUGUCAUCUGUGAUCCGAUUCUGAAGACCUAUUGUGAUUGCGAGAAAGUGGUAGUAUGUUUGGUGAAAACACUGCAAUCAUUAAUUUGCUAAGUUGUUACGUAGAUGCGUUUGAAAGCUGUGCUGCCUGAGCGGUCAAAAAAGGAGUAAUGCUUGUCAUUGUACAUACAUUAUAAGGAUGUGGUAAUAGAAUAGGUAAACGAUGUUAACUUCAAUAAAGGCUGGCUUUUGUAUACCAAACUGCAAAACUAAACCUAAGAGAAAGAGAGAAAUGUCAAGUGAAAGGCAGGGAGGUUAACCAGAAGAAAGAAUCAAUAUACGCUAUGACGUCUGCUGCUAUAAUCAAAUAAUUACACGUCAUGUGCAUAUUCAUUGCAGCAAUAUUCAACUGUUUUUUAAUGCUCCUGCACCGUGCAUCUAUAUUUCAAAAGUUAUCAUCACUUCCUUGAAUGUGCCUAAUCAUUUUUUUUUAUAAAUGAAAUUAUUUACUCUUACGAGAAAAGUACAAAUAACUGAUCUGAUAGGGUGUUCCAGGCACCACAUGUGUAUACUGGUGAUAUUUUAUACAUGUUUAUGCAGUGUGAGCAGCUUGUUUGCAGAAAAUGUGCAGCUAUGUUUAGCACACUUUACAGGUGGUGUCACUACAGUGCCCACUGUUUACUGUGAAGCCAGCGUGGCAUCCUUUGAUGGACAGAUCUUUGAUAGAAACACUCUGGUGUGCUUGAAAUCAAUGAAGCUUGUCCAUUUAAUGCAUCUGUAUUCUUUCUAAAAGUUUGUUUAACAAGUUAGUAUCUUUUUUUUCUCCAUGAAUAACUGAUGAAAGAACUUGAGCGCUGUCCGAUUUUGCAUUUUCAAGUGUCGUAUUUCUUGGUGCCUAAAUUUGGAUGUACUGUUAACAAAAAAUGUUUGUUAGGACCACUUAAGUAUGCCAAGUUGUUUUGGUAUUGAAAGCAUAUUGUUUCAGAGUUUGAGUGAUGUUGGCGCCAAGUUUACUGCAAUUGCUUUCAUAGGUGCCAGAGGUGCGGCAAUCCUACACAUACCAUGACUAUAUACUUGCGUUAUCUACGUAUACAUAUUCAGUUUUGUGUUGUAUCCCACAUUUUUAAGGCCAUCUAGUACACAAACUCUGCGUGUACCCACACUUUACUCAAAGUGCACAUGUUUUUAUUCUCAUAUACAUUUGUAGUUGUCCCUAUGCUUCUCGACCUACUGAGUCUUGCCACUUUUGACAAAGCUUCCAUACUAUCUACUUAAUAUUAGGUACUCAUUAAAAUCUCUUUCUUUUUGCAUUUAUUUAUGUAUACUCUUGUUGCAAGCUUAUUCAUUCUAUUUAUUCCGGUGGCUUGUUAGUUUUAGCUCUACAUAUUUGUGCCUGCUAUAGCAUAUUGGUGUUUUUAUGCUUUUAAUUAUGCUUUGUAUUUAGGUACCUUAAGCUUCGUCUAUGCAACAUUAUCUAAUCUACUUAUUUUGUCGUCACUCUCAGUUUGCAAUAUUUUUGCGCUUGGCUUUUUAAGAGAAGACCAUUCAAUUGGUAAAAGCAACAUAUAACGGGGAGCAGCAGUUAUUAUGAUCUAUGCGACAAUGCAGUGAGAUCUCUUGACAGAACUUGUUUUAAGCAUAACUUUACUGCUGAACUAAAGCCAGGUGCUAUGAAGGGCACACAUGUUUGCUUGAAAUAUGGGACUAUCACUAAUGCAUACAAGCUAUUUCUUAUGUGCAUCAAAAGAGCAUUGCUGAUAGUUCUUAGGGCUGUUUUUUUCUCCUUUUUUUUUUAACCGGAGGAAUGUUGCAGUUCAGAAAAGUGUUAAUAAAGUAACACACCUUUUUUAAUUGCCUGUUUUUCUAGACUGGUGAUGGUCACUUGAUUUUUAGGAAAAACUGGCAUGCUUUAUGUUUUGGCUGGCUUUUGUUUAGCUGUUGCAACCUGCCCUCAAAAUAAUGUAAUAUACUAUGUGCAUUCUUAAUAAAUUUGUAUAUUAGUGAUUAUCACACAUUCUUGAACCUGUGGCCAUGAAAAAUGCCCUGCCGAGAGAAUGAAGCUUCUUAUUCUUUAUUGGGUAUUAUAUUUAUGCCUUUAUGACAGGCCUUUUAUAUUGCUUAGCUGGCUUUUCUGUUAUUUAGGACUAUUGGCUAGGUAUUAGUUACCUAACUAGAAAUGUGAAUGUGUAGGGAACUUUAUGUUUGCUACUUCGUUGACUUGCUUGAAUGACCUCUAGAUUGAGAAAGCCUGCAGAGAUGAAGUAAAAGCUCAUUUGUCUCUUAUAGAUUCUCAUUAUUUUCACAUUUUUAUGACUAAUAACAUUGUGCCAGUGCUCUAUGACUGACCUGUUCCUUUUAUCUUGGAGUUUUUAUAUUGGUGGUCGACAAGCACUGAAAGCUGCUAGUAUGUUCUUGCAGUGUAAAUAGAAUGAUUUGGAAUUGGUGUGCCUCUGGCAAUAAAAUGACUGUUUUUUUUUUUAAGUGGAAAAGAUUAUAAAGGAAGAGCUAAAGCAGACUUCAAAGUACUCAGUUGUGGAGUAAUUGCAGUCAUCUUGUGAUGAACGGCAUUUUUGAUGAGAAUGCCAUUGUAGGCACUUUUUUGCUCUGUCAAUUUCACCUGAGUACUGCUAGGGUAAAGUAAUCAUUUAUUGUAUUUUGCAAUACUAUCCCAUUCAAGCAUGGUUGUGAUCAAAAGUGUUUCGUGAUACUGCUUAUGACUGCAUAACAAUUAGAGGUCACCAGCCUAUCAAUUCAAUUGGGAGUGCAACCGUAGUUCCCCUUGCUGUUAUCUAAAAAAUUUGUUGCACCUUCUGCCACUAAAAACAGCAUGUCAUCAUAAAAAUAUUUGGUACAGCUAGAAUUCAUCCUGUGUAUUACAUGUAUAGACACACAUAUAUGUAUACAUCAUAUUACAGGCGCAUCUAUUUUCGUAUCUUCCAGUAUUAGUUCACUUUGGCAUUGUUGAUGCAAUGUAUGAGUGAAGCCUCUUGCCCUGUAAAGAAGAAUCUUGCAACCUUCAAACUGAUGUUAAACUACCUUUUCACCUUUUUUCACCUUGUGCCUUACGUGUUAUUUUUGUGCAUCGAGAUUUGGUGUGUGGGAUUGUAAUGUUAACUCCCUGUGAAAGGCUCAAGCCUUUAUCAUGUUUUAUAUAGAAAUGACUGUGCAAGAAAUAAAGAGCAUUCAUUGUCCUUUG